CUCCGAAACCUGCACCGAAACCUCCGGUACGAACCCGGGUGCUCGGCAACGCCAGCAUCGAUAGCAUCGAUCUCAAUACCCGUGACUCGGCGUACUCAUACGUGCCUUCCAAGGUUCGUUUGACACGGACCUGAAAAUAACCGUAGAGUAAGUCACGGAGGAAACCAGCCGUGCUUGAUUGCAAGUACACGCGCCAUUUCCAUUUUCCCACCGCCGCAUAUUGUAGAUUCUCUCCUAGAUCUCCAGCUGCUCACAAUGCCCACACCUCAACCACAGAAGACGCCCCUCUGGCAGCCAAACCCAGCCACAAUAUCCAACACGCCGGCCGCGAAAUUCAUACAAAGAACAAACAGCCAGCGCGGGCUCGAUCUCACAUCCUACAGCGACCUCCACAGCUGGUCCAUCAACCCCUCCACCUUCCAGGAUUUCUGGAUAGAUGCCUACACCUUCUUCGACAUCGCGCCCAAAGGGCACAGCAAGGAUCCCGGGCCCGCGCUUGAAAACACCCACUCCACGCUCUUCCCGCCGCCCAAGUUCUUCCCCCAGGCGAAGCUGAAUAUAGCCGAGUACCUGCUCCGCAACGGCAACGAUGACGACACCGCCAUACAUUUCGUCCGGGAGGGCGUGGAAGGCGUGGAAAGAGUCAGCUGGGGCGCGCUGCGUGGGCGGGUGCGCGCAAUGCGCGACGCAAUGAUCAGUCGUGGUGUGCGAGCGUCCGACGUCGUUGCGGCCGUCAUUUCGAACUCGGUGGACGCGUUUGUGAUUUGCCUCGCUGCGCUAUCGAUCGGCGCGUUGUGGUCGUCCGCGUCUUGCGAGCUGGGUGCAGAGGCCAUUGUGGAGCGCUUCGGGCAGGUGAAACCGAAGCUGGUGUUUGCAGACGAUGGGUAUAUUUAUGGGGGCAAGUUGGUACGCCUAGGGGAGAGGAUCGGGGAUUGGUCGCACCGGCUGGCGGGUGGGAAUUUGAGUGGUGUGGUGAUUGUGCCGUAUUGCGAUUUAGGCAUCGAUACUGGCAGUGUUUAUCGUGGUGAGACGAUGAAGGACUUUAUUGAUGGUGGGGUUGGCCGUGAACUUGAUUUUGACUAUCUGCCUUUCAGCCAUCCAGCUUUCAUACUCUUUUCUUCCGGAACGACGGGUGCUCCCAAGUGCAUCGUUCAUUCUGCAGGGGGAGUCUUGCUCAAAGUGAAGACCGAUUCCGUUUUGCAGCACGAUAUGCGCGAUACGGACAUAGCGUUCCAAUACACAACCACUGCAUGGGUAAUGUGGGUGUUGAACUUCGUCAAUCUCUGUUCCGCCAAAUCGUUGAUGUUGUACGACGGAUCGCCAUUCCAUCCAACACCCGGAGUCCUUCUGAAGCUUGCAGAAGAUAUUGGAGUGUCUGUAUUCGGCACCUCGCCCAGAUAUUUGGCCGAGAUCAGAGCUCGCGGCAUCGUGCCUAGGAAGUCCCAUAAUCUAGAGCACUUGAGGACAGUGACUUCGACGGGUGCGGUUCUUUCUGCUGAUAUGUACCACUGGUUCUACGAGACGGCGUUCCCGCCCAGCGCUCAUUUGGUUUCAAUGAGUGGGGGAACAGAUAUUGCUGGAAGCUUCGUUGGGGGAACCCCCUUACUUCCUGUAUACCCAGGUGAGAUUCAAGCCAAAGCGCUAGGUAUGGCUGUGGAAGUCUUCGACGCAUCUGAAGACAGCGGCGUGCCCAUCAAGUCAGCUGGGCUCCCUGGCGAACUCAUCUGCACCAGGCCAUUCCCGAGCCAGCCUCUUGAAUUCUUCGGAGCCGGAGGCGUCGAAAGGUACCGCAAGUCGUACUUUGAGCGAUUCGGCGACAAGGUCUGGUGCCAAGGCGAUUUCAUCCUAGUGGAGGAAGAUACGCAGGGGCUCAUCAUGCUGGGAAGAUCGGACGGCGUACUCAAUCCUUCGGGUGUUCGUUUUGGCUCAGCAGAGAUCUACGCGGUCACCGAAAUGUUUAGUGAGAUCGAAGACAGCAUCUGCGUUGGUCAGAGAAGAAAGAUCGAUGCCGACGAACGCGUUCUUCUAUUUGUGAAAAUGAAGCCCGGCCAAGCGUUCGGCGAGGAAUUGGUGACGAGAAUAAAGCAGGCUAUACGGCAGAAGUACUCAACGCGCCAUGUCCCGAAGUUCGUUUUUGAAGUCGCUGAUAUUCCGCAUACGGUAAACGGGAAGAAGUGCGAAAUCAACGUCAAGAAUAUCGUUAGCGGACGAACGGUAGCUGUAAGCGGGACAGUGGCGAAUCCACGUAGCUUGGAUGAGUAUCAGGAGUACGUGAAGCUCCCCGUCGAAGGGGAGAAGCUUGUCUCGCGAACAAGCAAGCUAUGAGGUCAUUCUUCAUUCAGAUGGCGAAGCCGCUAGUCGUAAUGUAAAAUACAGCCUCUGUAUAGAUACAGUUAAUUAGAUCAAAGACAUAAAGAUUUCCGCUUUCAACGACGUCAAUUCUGCAGGUUGCUCUCAUGUUGCAUCGGUAUUCCGUACGUUGGUUGUUGAACAAACGUGUCAUCGAACGGCCAAUCCUGAGAAAAGCCCGUCACAAGCUCGCUCGGAAAAGUCUGGUCGUCCGAAAAC